AUGUCAUCAGGAAACGGAUCGGCUACAGUGAAAAAUGCCAAGACCUGCAAGAGGUAUAAAAGUGUGAAGCGCCAUGCCAGUAUCUAUGCCUACCCAGAACCACCCCACAGCAACUCAGAUGAAGAUAACGGGGAUGAAAAAGUGGAGAGCAAUGACCCGGAGCAGAUCUUCCAGAACAUACAAUUUCAGAAAGAGAUCAUAUCCAACAUCCGUUGCAGACCGUGGCCCAUGAGACAGAAACUGAGGGCGCUGAGACAAGCAAAAGAGAUUGUGCUGAAGUACGAAGGUCGGCUGACUCGGACAAGAGGAUACCAGGCAGCCGGAGCAGAGCUAUGGCGAAAGUUUGUUCGGCUUGCAUAUAACUUUAUGGUCAUCUUUAUUCCUUGGGAAAUGAGGAUAAAGAAAAUAGAAAGUCACUUUGGUUCUGGAGUUGCCUCUUACUUUAUUUUCUUGAGAUGGUUAUUUGGGAUCAAUAUUGUGCUUACCAUCAUGACUGGAGCAUUCGUCGUUUUGCCAGAGAUCCUAGCGGGGAGGCCGUUUGGAACAACCGACAGGAAGAAGAUCCCUCCAGAGAAACUUCCAUCUGCUCAAGACCUGGAUACCAUCUGGUCUUUGGGGGGUUAUCUCCAGUAUUCGGUUUUAUUCUACGGCUACUACGGCCAGGAAAGGAAGAUUGGGAGUGCUGGUUAUCGACUGCCCCUGGCUUAUUUCCUUGUUGGAAUGGCAGUGUUCGCAUACAGCUUCAUCAUCCUCUUAAAGAAAAUGGCCAAAAAUUCAAGAAUGAGCCUAGCAAGUGCCUCUGAUGAAAAUUAUACAUUUUGUUGGAGGGUGUUCUGCGCUUGGGACUAUCUAAUCGGCAACCCUGAAGCUGCAGAGAGCAAAUCAGCUGCUAUUGUUAACAGCAUCAGGGAAGCUAUACUGGAGGAGCAGGAAAAGAAGAAAAGCACAAACCUGGCAGUGACAAUAAGCUUACGGAUCAUUGCGAAUAUCCUUGUGCUUCUAUCACUUGCUGGAAGCAUUUACAUCAUUUACUUUGUCGUGGAUCGGUCCCAGAAAUUAGAAAGAACUAAGGCAGUACUGACCCUCUGGGAAAAGAAUGAGGUGAGCGUCGUUGUCUCAUUGAUCACGAUGCUUGCCCCCUCUGCCUUUGAGCUGAUUGCAGCACUGGAGAUGUACCAUCCUCGAACCACUCUACGUUUUCAGCUUGCCAGAGUUCUUGUCUUAUAUCUCGGAAACCUCUACAGCUUGAUCAUCGCACUUCUGGAUAAAGUGGACAGCAUGAGCAUUGCGGACUCUGAGACUCACAGCAAUGGAAGCAAUGCAGUGGAUACUACCUCCUCAUUAGCUGCUAAAACUCUCUUGGAAGGAAAUCUUUUAACCACCUUUCCUAACAUGCAAAUUGCAAGGAACGGCACCUUCCUUCUAGCUGAGAAUCAAACCCAGAACUACAUCUUGCCUGUUAACCCCGUGAUCAACAAUACGGCUUCCUACGAAUAUAACACCCAAAGUCACCAAGAUCAGUGCUGGGAGACAUACGUUGGUCAAGAAAUGCUGAAGCUGUCAAUUAUCGACAUGCUAUUCACAGUGGCAAGCAUCCUGUUAAUUGACUUCUUCCGUGGACUCUUUGUCCGAUACUUAAGUGACUGUUGGUGCUGGGAUUUGGAAAGCAAGUUUCCAGAAUAUGGAGAAUUCAAAAUAGCAGAAAACGUCCUGCAUUUGGUCUACAAUCAAGGGAUGAUUUGGAUGGGGGCGUUUUUUUCACCAUGCCUCCCAGCAUUCAAUGUCCUCAAACUAAUUGGGCUUAUGUACCUGCGGAGUUGGGCAGUGUUAACUUGUAACGUGCCCCACCAGCAAGUCUUCAGAGCUUCAAGAUCUAAUAACUUCUACUUAGCCAUGCUGCUUUUCAUGCUGUUUUUGUGUAUGUUACCCACCAUAUUUGCUAUUGCCCGAUACAAGCCUUCUCUCAGCUGUGGUCCAUUCAGCGGGCAAGAAAAAAUCUAUGACAUCGUCUCAAAAACCAUUCAAGAUGACUUUCCUGUCUGGUUCAAGAAUGUGAUGACAUACAUAAGUAGCCCCGUGGUCGUCCUACCUGCUUUGCUGCUUCUGUUUAUGCUAAUAUAUUACCUUCAGAGUAUUGCAAGGUCACUGAAAUUCACUAACAAUCAACUGAGGAUGCAGAUCCAGGCUGAAAGAACAGAAGACAAGAAAAAAGUGGUCCAAAUGGCAGCAGUCAGAAUCCAGCAUUUAGAAGGCAAUGGCAAAAGGCCAGAACAGGAGCUCGACAUCAUCAGUCAGGAGUCUUCCGCUCGGUCCUCAACGCCGAGGAAGAAUGGCAGCGUAUUGACUUUUGAAUCCCCCAAAGGCAGCCAAAUACAGACAGUCUCCCAGUCCGUACCCCCGCUUGACAUCACCAAGCCAAUCAACCCGACUGCAGCAAAUGCAGCUCCGCUAGCUCCAGCACCUGCUGCUCCGGCACCUGCUGCUCCGGCACCUGCCACGCCGACACCUUCUCUUCCGAGUAUUCAGAAGCCCAGAACUGAGCCCAUUGCAAACCGAUACUCCAGUUCUGCCCAUGGGAGCGCCAGUGAACUCUGUAAAGCAAAGGCUUAUACCCCUGUGAAGUUCAAGAAGCGUGUGGAAGAUGUUCAUUCAGAACCUCUGUUUCGGAAGAGUCUUCGGCAAAUCAAUCCCGAAACUCAUGGUGCUGGAGCUCCUGCUUUUGUGGGCCGUCGCGCUCACACAGCUAGGUAUUUUAUUGUGAACGAGCAUGAUCCCCGCAAAAAACUCCUCCGCUCCACCACACGGCUGCCAAGAAAUUAUCGAAUGGAUGAGUCAGGGGAUGUCAUUGAACUAUAUCCAAGAAAUGUCCGAAGGUAUCUGGUUCGAAACCCACACAGGGCGUAUUCCCCUCAUUUCAGCGAAGAGGAGGAAGAGGAAGAGUUAAGGAGAAGCAUGGCAAACAGGUCUCACCGGCCACGGUCACUGUCUGAUCUCCGAGCAGCACCCCGGUUCUACAUUGGAGAAUAUGCAGAUGGCCAAAUUCUUACUAGUAAGGCCUUGGCCAAAACACACUACAAAUCCUGGGAAGGUGGAUUUGGGUUAGCAUUUGACAGGCCCCCCCACCCGCACAGAAAGAUUCACAUGAAAAAUAUCGAACUGGAGAAGCACUACCCAGAACACCAUGCCAAGACCUCUAAAUCCAAGCACAAGCCGGAGCCAUCUCCAACCGAGUCCGAUUCUAUUUCCGUUGGUUCCAGUAGCGAUCAGCCAACCAGCAGCAAUGAUCAGUAUAUCCAGGUCAUUCACAGCAAAGAGAAAUAUCUGAAAUCUGGAGCAAAACUAAGCCGGAAAAAAUCCAAGCCUGGAAUCGACCUUGAUGUGGCUGAGGCUAAUGAACUGAUAUGCUCCAACGUCUAGGAAAGAAAAUCUUGCAUUAUUUUAGAAUGACAAAAAAAGUCUGGAAAACUUAGGUCCCAAAAUAUUUGUGUUGUGUUAAAAAGUAGCAGAAGAGGCCUAUCCUCCAUGUAAACAAUCUCUGGUGUAGUCUAAUCCCCCCAGAUUCAGUAUUCCUUUAACUCAUAUCAUUUAGAUAUCCUUCAAUGUGCCCAGUGUAUGGAUUCCUUUCUACUCGCUGUGCCUUCCCUUCAAGCAGUUCACCCAAUAUAUGCCAGAGCUGGUGCAUCCCACAUUUCUGGAAUGGUUUGCCAAAACCAGGUCCUAAGAGCUUCUUCACCGUCUUGCUUCCCAGAAUGUUUUGUGGCACACAAUGAAAAGCGUCUGGAGGAAGGCAUUCACUGUGAUUCUGUGUUAAAGUGUAUGAUUGUGGUAGUUUUGCUGUCACCAUUUUAUUUCUAAUUGCAACGUGUUGUUACUUGUUUAAGCAUCCUUGAGAGAAAAGCAAGAUGUCAAUGUUUUAA